UUUUUAAACUCAAAGUUUCGUUGAAAUUCUUAAAUAAUUUAUUAAGAUCUAAACAUCACUCUUGAUUAGAAAAGUUCCACGGUAGCAGGAAUUUGAUUCCUCACUCUAAGAUGUUUCACGGUUCUGGUGGAUCUUCGGCGGGAAAUAGCCGGAGUCUUGUAGAUGAUUUUUUGGCGCUGCAAGAACGUUGUAUGACGCUUGAAAAAAUCAAUGUCGAGAUACUAGAUUCACUAGCAUCGGGAAUCCAGGCAAUAUCGACAAUUAUCGUUAACAGCGUUAAGUCCACGGACGACCUAAUUGAACAAACUGACGGUAUCGAUAUGCUUCGGGAACUUAUAAAAUGUUCAUUGGCGGCUUUCGGAGUUGUCAACGGAGCAACGGUUCAGACAAGGAUGCUUGCAAUUAAAGGUUUUAUUCGACUGCUCCAGACUACAUCGACCCUAUACAAUGAAAUUCAGCAAAACGGCACGUCCAGUUGCCUUGAAAAGUUAAAUCAAAGUAUUAUGGAGGGAAUUCUUGGGCUUAGAAAGCUAAUUGAGGGAUCAUUCUCGGGCGUGGACCCCGACUUGUUUAGUGAUAUCUGCGACCUACUUAUUAAACUAUGCAAAAGCGAGGCUCGCAGUGGCAUGAAACGACACGUUGGUCUUAUAAAGAUCUACAAUCAGAUGCUUUUAUUUGUCAAACAUCUGCCGCCAUUAAGUAAGUCUAGCCAGGCUGAGUUGAUGUGCAGUCAUCUCGUCAAGUAUGUGGCAGAUAUCUUGGACGCUUCGGUAGAAUGCAGUUCGGUUCCACCUAAAGCAAUUAGUUUCUAUGUUAAGAAAUUGAUACAAAUAGCGAAUUUUAUGAACCACAAGGCGGAGGACGAUUCUAUAGUAGAUUUGGCAUCAAAAUUGCGACUUACGCAAAUAUCAGAUCACCCGCUGGCUAAAGAAUUAGCUGAAGUCGAUAUAUGGUUAAUCGCUAGAAAAAAUUUUCACAUCCAACAUGCAUCCACUCUAGGUAGCAUAUUACUAGCCUGCGAUAUACUCGAGAACGAUGGGGAACUCUCAUUUGAUCGCAUACAAGAGCUACUGAGGUUACUUCUGAAUUCAACUCACUUAAUAACCAAGCAUAUGUUCCUCUUUCUGAGUAAUAGAAAUGUAUUUGAUCACGCAGUAAACGCCUUCUGCUUUGGAGUUUUGCGGUUAGACUAUUUCCAGAUAGAAGACGAUGUUCUCGAAGCUGCUAUGGGAGAAGAUUUCUGUAAGCAGUUAUUUACUAGGGACGUUCUCAGGGUGCUUUCUGUUAUGCGGCCGGACACGUUCAGUAUAUACGGGCCUAUUUUUCAGGAACCCGAGCUUUUGGAUAUGACUGACUUAUCUAAUGAUAAUCGACAAAAAUGUGAUCAUGUUCGGGCUUUUCUCAGUCAAUGCACUACAGGGGCUAUAAUCCGCAAAACAGAUUCAUCUGAGUGUGCGCGACUGCUCGUAUCCAUUUACCCUUGCAAUACAGCAUCGGCUCUUCUUUUCUCGUUUGUUUCAGCCAAUCUUGCGCCUCAUCUUGAAGCGCUGAGUACUGCAGAGCUAACAGCUGUUCUUAACCAUUACUCUACUAUCCUGGAAGGAAAUAUCAACAAUGAUUGUUUAAUAAUUGCUAUUUGCAUUGUUUUCUCUUAUCUUCCAAGAAAAUCGUUUAAGGACAUUGAGGAUACUCGGUUGCGGUCGGCUCUCAGAGGGGUCGGCGAAAGAGUACUCAAGUCGGGCCUGAAAAUAGGCAAAUUAUUUGGCCUAGCUGGUUUCUUUAGUUUUUUUAGAGAUGUCGACGAUUUACGUCUUGUGGUUCAACCCACAAAGCAAAUAACAGACGAACUGGUCAAGCUGUUUCAAGGGAAUCUACGACAAGAUGAGUGGGCCGAAAUACUCAGUAUCAUUGAGGAGGGAUAUGUGAACAGAAUAGAGCCUCUACAAAAUGAAUACUUCAAAUAUGAAAGAAAGGGCAUCGAAAUAAAGAAUUCUGACGUUAAGAGCGCUGGACCUGAGUUGCAAAACACAUCUUCCGUGAGAGAACUUUGUAGGGUAGUUUACGGCAUAGAAAAAAGGAGUAAUCUCAACCAGGAAGAUCGUGUUCUCAUUGAAAUUUGCUUGGAUAAACUCAACGGACUGCUCAAUUAAGAAGUUACCACAUAUUAUUAUUUCUUUAUUUUUAGAAGCUUCAUUGAAAAUCUAAACGGUUGUUGAUGUUAGUUACGCUAUUUUUUAGUUGUUUAGAUUCAGAUUGGUAUCUAUAGAUAUAUGUAUAUAUGGUACCUAGGUAAGUUUAAUGGAAACAAAAACACAUGCAAGUAAUAUGUACUGUGAUGCAGCAUACGGCAUGUAGAAACAGCACAGACUCUGAUAUGGCGAUGGGUUUGAUUAUUGUGUUGCAGUUUUUAUCUAGACUUUGCUACAAAGGACUCAUAUAGCUGUGCAUAAUCGCUCAUUAUAGUGGUAUAAUAUAGGCAUAUAUAUAUGUUCACCAGAAGAUUCAGGACGAAAUGACCGAUGCCAAAUAGCGGAUAUGAUAUAUCUUCAUUUUCAAUUGAUGCGUGAAUUAUGAUAUUAACAAAUAGACAUAAAUUUGUGAUGCCAGUACAUGGUUGCUAGUUUUCAUUUAUCGGUAACUAGCGAGUCUUACAUGAGCAGAUGCCAGAUCCUGCCUAGUGCAGUCUUAGUAAUUAACAAAAAGCCGAGCGAAACAGAAAACUUCAAAACAUCGUUAAGAAGAGGAAAUCUUUUUAUAGAACUAUUUCUCUAUAAUUUUUUUGCAACAUAGUAAGUUAAAUUGAUUUGACG